AUGCUGAUCUUACCGCGACUCAAUCUCCCAGAUAUGCUUGGUACGAUAAUGCUGUGUUGCCUUGAGGCUUGUAUGUCGCUGGUAGUGAAGUCAACACAUUCUAGAGAUGUCAAUGAAAUCUAUAUAGAGAAAGACAUCAAUGAUACAUGUAUCAGUGCAAUGUCCUUUGCACUCUCUGCUCAACCAACAGCAAAGAAAGAUACCGAGCAACGAGCGGUACAUGCAAUAAUGAAUGAAUACGUAGUAGUAUGGACGGACUAUGGAGUAUGUGCAUCCAACAUAAAAGAGGACCUGGAAUUAUUUCUUUUGGAGGAUGCAGAUGCGAAGUGUGAAAGACCCGAACCUUGGAUGGAAAAAGAUCCUUCCCCCUUUCCCUCAUUUCCCCUAGUCUUCUUUUUUUCUUCCAACGUUCAACGUCAGCAUCAUGCAACUAUCUUCAUAUGCAUGAUACAGCUCUGA